AUGGUCGCCGCGCACGGACGGGCAGGACGCGCGCGCUCGUCCGCCCCUGGCCUGCCUGUCGGUGACACAAAGCAAAACCCCCCACGCCCAGUUUGGUGCCAUUUCCCCCUAACCAAGAAGAAUAAGGCCAAGGCGCCAAGGAAGCUGCGGUCGGAGUGCACGCCUCAGGAGAUCGCCAGGUUGGACGCGGAAUCGGCGAAGAGGAGGAGCCGCAGGGCGGUCGCCAAGGACAACAUCGCCGCGGCUAAGGUCGCCGCCAACCGCGCUGCGAUUGAGGCCCCGCGGCGCAAGGCCCAGUUCAUGGAGGAAGUGAUUUAUGAGGUUGGGCAUGUCCCUGUCUACGACCCCGAUGAGACCCAAAGUCAGGAUGGCCGUGGCCAGUUCACUGCCGAUGAAGAGGCCGACGACCAUGCUGACUACGACCAUGGUGACUCGUGGCAUGAGGACGAUGACAUCUAUGUCGAAGGGGAUGGUGAUGAAGAAGAAGGCAAUGACAUUGAUAUUAGUGGCGAGCCAUUGUUCAUCGACGAGCUCACCCAAAGAGCGGAAGCACAAAAUAGGAGGAAGAGCAUUUGCACGGGCAUUUCAAUCUUUGGAAGCAUUCAUGGCCCGCACAAUGACAAGCCAUUCACUCUUAAGCAUUGUUGGACGAUCAUCAACAAUUGUCCUAAGUUCAAGGAUCGAUACCGUGAGCUUCAAAGGAAGAGAGGAAAGAAGACGGCCAAGUUCGCCGGAGGUGGAGAUGGUGAGGCAUUGAAGAGGCCAAGGGGCAAGACCAACUCCAAGGUGGACGACAUACGUGAUGCCUCAUCCAUGGCCUUGCAUGAGACGUUGCAUGGCAUGAUGUCUCAGAAGGAUGUAAGGGAUGAGAAGAAGCGGCAAAGCAAGGAUGAGCAAAUGAAGCAAUACCUAGAGCUUCAAAGGAAGAAGCUUGAGAUGGAGGAGGCGGUGAAGAGAUGGAAGAUCGACAUGGAGCAGGCGGCGCGGCAAAGGCAGCUCGACAUCGAGGCCGAGAACGACAAGGCCAGGCAGAGGCAACUCGACAUCGAGACCACCAAUGCUGCAACCAAAGCGAAGGAGGUGGCCCUUGCGAUCAUGAGCGUGGACUUGACCAUAAUGAGUGACAAGACGAGAAGCUGGUUCGAGGCCAGGCAGAAGGAGAUGUCCGAUGCUGACAGCCUGAACUAG